GCCUGAGAUACAUUGAACUUGCACGGACGCUUCCUAACCAACCACCCCAUUGGUUGGUGGAAUGCGAGAGCGAAAGGGAAAGACACGCGUUGCCUUGCGAGCGACCAAAAUUUUAUUCUGCGGCUGACUUCGUUCCGUGUGGACGUGUAGCGCUGUCGCUGCACAGAGAAAAGGAGCCAUGCAAGUUGAACGGGAACCGGUAGCCGCCAUGGGCUGUGGGGCCACUACGUGCCAACAGACGUCCACUCCAACACCAAAGCGAGUGCGUUUCACCCUGCCCAGUGGCCGCGUGGUGUGCCCAAGGAGAGUGGAGCUGGCUGCACGAGACACUGUCAUCCUGGCUACGGGCGCUGCACAUGACCUCCAAGCGGGCUGCAGGCGGUGACGCCGUUUCCGAGCCCGGCCCUUCGUCAGGACCCGCUGCCCAGAAGCGCAUCGUCUACCGUGGUGGUAUCCCUCUAAAGCGCUUCAAGGGAUGCCGCUGUAUCAGUGAGGCUGCUGUUGGAGAGAGCACCAGAGAUGGCUCCGAGACAUUGUCACAGGAGGACAGGCUGGAUCUCAACCGCAGCCUGUUGUCAUGUGGCAACGGUGCCGGAACGUUGGACUAUUCUACCGUGGAUGACGGCUUCAUGAAAGAGGUCAUGGCGAUGGCCCACGACUAGUGCGACAAGAAAUUAACAGAUAUCGACCGCGAAUGACAGAAUUGGAAGGGCAUCGAUUGUUGCACAUAUGACGAUAUCGGGGGCAUAAAAACGGUCACAUGACCUUUCGUUCUAUUCGUUCAUUCAUUGUUGCAUUUGUUGAAGAACGUAUUUU